GAUCGUUCCAAGUCUUGUCGCUUUAAAAUGUCGCGUGUCGUCUUACAUCGGCCCUUCUGGCCAUCCUACGUCGCAUUUUUAUUAUUUACAUUAAUAUUAACAUCAACGACGUUGCAACGAGUGGGUGCCAGUCCUUUAUGGGAUUUCCCACAGAACUCAACGCCCAAGAGUUCGACGGGGAGUUCGUCGGAACAUUCGAUGGAGAAUUCGAUGAACGAUUCGGCGAACAGCUCGAUGGACAGCUCGAUGGAUAGCUCGACGGACAAUUCGACGGAGAUCUCAUCCAACACCGACGUAAUCGUGAUAAAGGCUGUGGUUUACGAGAUUGGGAUUCUCACGGACACGGAUAAUACAACGAGUGCCGAAAGUACCGAAAGACAAGAGAGAGUCGAUAUAACGUUGUAUAAUACACCUCAGGACGACGAAUUCUCCUAAUCCCAACGAAUUUUUCUAUCUCGGAGCGAGUGCGGAUUCGCGCAUCGAAAUGAGUUUAUCGAUUGAAGGCGAAAAGAAAAAUGUGAAAUGUAAAGACUGCGCAUAUACACGACGAUGUUAUCGAAGAAUAGACGUGUGUAGUAAAUUAUUAAUUAUACGCCGUAUAAGAUAGAACGUGAAGACGACACAUAGAGCGGUGUACGCAAUUUAUAAAUUUCAAUAUUAAACCUGUAAUGAUGUGA